CUCCACCUAGACAGGCUUCGCUGACAGCUGCAGAGCGCUCAGGAUGCGCCGGGUGUCUGCGACCCUCCGCGGCAGGACGAGGCCCCGGGGGCGGGCCGGGAACGCAACGCCGGUUCCAGGGAACCGGACAGGCACCUGUGCUCAGCUCCAUCCGCCCCCUCGAGGCACCUUGCAAGUUGUCCGUGGAGAUGGCACCUCACUGGGGACUGUGCUCAUGUUCCACUGUCCCUCUGGACACCAGAUGGUGGGGUCCGGCCUCCUCACUUGUGCCUGGAAUGGGAGCAUCGCCGACUGGUCUUCAGGAAGCCCUGUGUGCAAAGCCGUACACACACAUGAGACCUUCGGCUUCAAGGUGGCAGUGAUCGCCUCCAUUGUGAGCUGCGCAAUCAUCCUGCUCAUGUCCAUGGCCUUCCUCACCUGCUGCCUCCUCAAGUGUGUGAAGAAGAAUGAGCAGCACCGAGCCGACAGGACGGCACAGCUUUGGUACCAGCUGAGAGGCGAGGACCUGGAGACGGUGCAACCGCCUACCUGGGCCUCAAGGGACCACAACUACAAUAACAGCAGCAGCAUCCUACGAUCUUGUCUGGAUAAGAGGACUUUCUUCAGUGCUGGGGAUGGAACCUAG